AGUCUCCAUUUCAAGAUGGCACUGUUUUCAAUUUCGUUUCGUUUGUUUAGGUUUCCAAAGUCCAUCUGUCAAAAGUUCUCAAUCUAAUCAGAAUCAAAGUCUUUGAUAAUCAUGCAAACUGCUUUUAAAGUAUUGGGACAAAGCGCAGUAAGAACAUUGUCUACCUACUCAGCAGCCAUGGCGUCUUCUGCUGCCUUGUCCAGCAAGUACAAAUUUGAAACCUUGUCAGUGUCCACUCCAAAGGACUAUGUUUAUCAUGUUCAACUUAAUAGACCCCAGCAAUUUAAUGCAAUGAAUAGUGCCUUCUGGAGGGAAAUGGUAGAGUGCUUUCAAGCAAUUAGUGAAGACAGCGACUGCAGGGUUGUAGUCAUCUCCGCAAAUGGCAAGCAUUUCACUUCAGGUCUUGAUUUGACUGACAUGGGUGUGUUAAUGGAGACAGUUUUGGGAGAUGACGACAUUGCCAGGAAAUUUCGCACACUCCAGCAGUUCAUUAAACGCUAUCAAUUGUCAUUCACCUCAAUCGAGCAGUGUCACAAACCUGUAAUUGCUGCUAUUCAUGGAGGUUGCGUAGGGGGUGGUGUGGAUCUGGUCACUGCUGCUGAUAUUCGUUUCUGUACUCAGGAUACCUUCUUCCAAAUCAAAGAAGUUGAAAUCGGACUUGCUGCCGACGUGGGAACGUUGCAGCGCUUACCGAAAGUGAUUGGAUCAGAUAGUUUGGUCCGCGAAUUGGCCUACACGGCCCGAAAAAUGUUUGCGGACGAAGCAGCUCAAGCAGGUCUGGUGAGUCGAGUCUUGCCCGAUAAAGACUCGCUGCUCAAAGCAGCUCUGGAGACGGCCAGCGCCAUCGCCGACAAAUCACCGGUGGCCAUUCAAGGUAGCAAACAUAAUCUCAAUUACGCCCGAGAUCACUCGAUCGAAGAAGGACUGAGUUACAUGGCCACAUGGAACGCGGCGAUGCUGCAAUCAGAAGACUUGCGCAUCGCCGCCAUGGCCGCCAUGGAUCGUAAAGGUCCUCCACCAGUCUUUUCAAAGCUUUAAAUUGUUAAAAAAACGAAAUGUAAUUUUUUUAGUUCAUAUUUUAAAAUUAUACAGAUAUUAUGGGCCCGCAAA